CAAGUAGCAGCGGAAGGUUUGUUUAACCGCCCGGUAGCCGAGGACCGAGCUCUAGGCUGCCGGCGGUCAAGCUAAGAUAAAGCGUGAGUGCUGGCAAUGUAAGUAUGUGGCACAAAUUUACUGUAGAACCUGCAUUUAAACCCCUGGGCCUGAGCCAGCUGAGCAUUGAAAUCUAAGUACAAACCACCGGCAAUGGGAACCUGCUGAAGAUGGCGUCUUGUGCGCUCCUGCCGCCGAGCAGAGGUAACACGGGGCUCAUGUCCGAUCAACCCGUGAAACUCAAGAUGCUUGUUCUACUGGCGUUUCUGCUGCUGUCUUAUGGAGCUGGCGAUGUCCAGUGCGCAACGGUGCAUGCGAACAUCACAGACAUCCUAUCACUGCUCCAUUUCAAAAAGGUCACCAAUGAUCCAACACAAGCCUUAAAAUCCUGGAACCGAAGCACCCACUACUGCAACUGGAAUGGUGUUAUGUGCGACCCAUCGUAUCCAGGUCGCGUAGUGGGUCUGCUACUCGGUGGUCAAAGAUUGUCCGGUCAAAUCACCCUCUCACUUGGGAACAUAACGUUCCUUCAGUACCUUAAUUUGUCCCACAAUGGCUUCUCCGGCCAGUUGCCUUCUCUGAAUCAGUUCCAUGAGCUGGUGCUCCUUGACCUGCACUCAAAUUCACUGCGGGGGAUGAUAAUCCCUGACUCACUCGUAAAUUGUUCAAACCUACGGGUCCUGGAUCUUUCUAAAAACAUGCUAGAAGGUCCAAUCCCUGCGGAAAUAGGUUCGCUUUACAGUUUACGUGCUGUAGAUUUUUCCUAUAAUAACCUGAACGGGGUCAUCCCACCAACCUUCAGCAACGCAACCCAGCUACUAUUACUUAGCGCUCAAGAAAAUCAACUAGUGGGAAGCAUUCCUGGUGAACUUGGGAAAUUGUCCAAUAUGCUCACCUUGGGCUUUGGUGGCAAUAGUCUGUCAGGCCCCAUACCACCGCCAAUCUUUAAUCUGACAUCUCUUCAGGUGUUAGAUGGAUAUUUCAAUAUGCUAGAAAUGGAAUUACCACUUGACAUUGGUGAUACCCUCCCUAAACUCCAAUCUCUUACCUUGGGCGGUAGCAUGCUUAAAGGUCCUAUCCCAGCUUCGCUAGGCAAUGCAUCAGGGCUACAAGUGAUAGAUUUAGGACAUAAUAGUUUCGUUGGAGAAAUCCCUGAUUUUGGAAAGCUAUUAAACCUAACCCAGCUUAUUCUCGAGUCUAAUAAGCUUGAAAUAAGGAAUGGACAAAGCUGGGAAUCCUUUUAUGGACUAACAAACUGUAGAUCACUAGAAAUGCUCUUAUUAGGUAAUAAUCAGCUUCAAGGAGCCAUACCCGAUUUGAUCGGUAACUUUUCUACUGAAUUCGCACAUCUACAACUGAAUGGAAACGAUCUAUCAGGAAUAGUUCCUCCAAGCCUAGGAAACCUUGGUGGAUUAAUCGAUUUGAGUCUAAGCAACAAUAGUCUCUUUGGUUCAAUUGAAGGAUGGGUCACAAGUCUGAAAAAUCUACAAUCUCUAGAUCUCGAAGGAAAUAGCUUCGUCGGGUCCAUUCCACCCUCUUUUGGCAACCUUUCAAAACUAACAUUACUUUCUUUAGCAAAAAAUGAGUUUGAAGGUCCCAUACAUCCCAUCUUGGGAGAACUUACACGACUUUCAAGCAUGGACCUUAGCUACAAUAACCUCCAAGGUGAAAUACCUCCAGAAAUUAGUGGGCUUAAAGAACUCCGUAUGCUGAAUCUUUCAUCUAACAAACUUACCGGAGAAAUACCUAAUGAUCUGAGUCAAUGUCAAAGCCUGGCAACCAUCCAAAUGGAUCACAAUAAUCUCACGGGUCAUAUUCCGACCUCUUUCGGUGACCUUAUGAGCUUGACCACGCUCAGCCUUUCCCAUAAUGAUUUAUCAGGCACCGUCCCAGCAAGUCUUCAACCUCUCAGCAAGUUAGACCUGUCUUACAAUCAACUCCAAGGAGUAAUCCCAACAAAAGGAGUGUUUGGAAAUGCCUCAGCAGUUUCGCUUGGUGGAAAUUCGGGGCUUUGUGGAGGAGUGCCCGAGUUGCAUAUGCCCUCAUGCCCAGCUGCUUCUCAGAGAAAUAAGAUACGAUAUUACUUGAUCAGGGUUUUAAUCCCAAUAUUUGGCUUCAUGUCGCUCAUAUUAUUGGUCUACUUCCUACUCCUGGAGAGAAAAAUGUCAAGAAGAACAUAUGAAUCACAUGCUCCUUUGGGUGAGCACUUCCCUAAAGUUUCUUACAAUGAUCUGGUUGAAGCAACAUGGAAUUUCUCCGAUGCUAACCUGAUUGGGAAAGGAAGCUAUGGUACAGUGUACAAAGGAAAGUUGGUGCAGAAUAAGAUGGAAGUUGCAGUGAAGGUUUUUGACCUUGAGAUGCGAGGCGCGGAGAGAAGUUUUAUGUCCGAGUGUGAAGCACUGAGAAGUAUUCAACAUCGGAAUCUUCUUUCCAUCAUAACUGCAUGUUCUACUGUUGAUAGCAACGGCAAUCCUUUCAGGGCCCUAAUUUAUGAUUUCAUGCCCAAAGGGAACUUGGACAUGUGGCUUCAUCACAAGGGAGAUGAAAAAAACAAGGGGGAUGACAAUGCUCAUAAGAAUCUUACUCUAACUCAAAGAAUAUCCAUAGCUGUCAACAUAGCUGAUGCAUUGGACUAUUUACACAACGACAGCGAAAACCCCAUCAUCCAUUGUGAUGUUAAGCCCAGCAAUAUCCUUCUUGAUGAUGACAUGGUUGCUCAUUUGGGAGACUUUGGCAUUGCGAGGGUUUUUCUUGAUUCUAGGCCCAGACCAGCAGGCUCGACUAGCUCAAUUGGUGUCAAAGGAACCAUAGGGUAUAUCCCACCAGAGUACGCAGGAGGAGCCCGUAUAUCUAUUUCUGGGGAUGUAUAUAGUUUCGGAAUAGUGCUGCUGGAGAUGUUAACCGGGAAAAGGCCAACAGAUCCUAUAUUCAAGGAUGGACUGGAUAUCGUUAACUUUGUGUGUAGCAACUUUCCACAGCAAAUACCUGAUGUUAUUGAUGUUCAUCUCAAGGAAGAAUGCAAGGAAUUUGCUGAAGCAAGCGUGGUAUCGGAGGAUCCGGUUCACCAGUGCUUGGUGUCCCUCCUGCAAGUAGCACUCUCGUGCACUCGCCCACUCCCGAACGAAAGAGCGAACAUGAGAGAAACAGCUAGCAAGAUCCAAGCAAUCAAGGCGUCAUAUAUUGAGAGGAAAGAAAAGAAGAAUAUUUCAUUAUAGUUUCCAGUUACUCAGAGUCACAACUACAUCUGCAGCAUCUAUAUGUUGCCGUUUUGACCCAGGCUGAUUGUUCUUCUUCUUUUAUUUUUCCGGCCGUCUUCCUGGUGGCAGGGCCUUUAUUUUCGUUUGAGUCUCUUCGCCGGAUCUCUCUGGUGGGGUUUCUCCUUUUUGUACUUUGCCAUCGGCUUAUUCUUCUUAAUGGAAUCUUAGCAGCUCUCCUGCUAACUUUUAAGAAAAAAGCAUCUAUAUGUUGCUCUU